CGGCGGGCGGGCGCGGGGAGCGGGGCCGCGCUCCCGGGCCGCGCUCGGGACUUUGGGAGCGCUCCGGUGCGGGGCCCGCGGCCGGGGCCGGGUGGGCGGCCGCGGCUCGCAGAUGUCAAAAUUGACCUGGACUACUUGGGAAUGGCGAAACGUAGCCCUGGGAUCCUGCCAUGAACACUGCUGAGUGCAUGCCUGGGAAGGUGCAACUGGCACCAGGUGCAUGAAGAACAGAGAAGAUAUUUCCGCUUAUCAGAGAUGAUGUGGAGAGACUCUUUGGCAGUUACUAACCUCAGCGGCAUGGAUCAUUCUGUGCUCAGAGGCGAGGUGUCAGCAGUGCUUCAUGACAGAGUGAGAAGAAAUGGUUACUGAAAAGCUGAUAGCUUGGUAGCUGAAGCAUGUGUUGUGUGAAGAAGCAUUUCCUCUAUUUUUUUCACCAGACAUCUGCCAGUUUCAUGCUGUUAAGUCCAGUCUACAAGUUAUAUCUUGCACAGAAGCCACUUCACAGGUUUGCUCGUCCUUUCCAUUCUGUCUUUUCCAGUACCUCUGCUGUAUCUGUUGAGAUGGGGACAAAGAGGAGAAUCGCUCAUACCUCAAACAAGCUCAAAAGAAGAAUGUUCAGAGGAUGACAAGUGUAUUCUGAGUAGUACCGUGGUGACAACAUGCCAUUGAAAUGGAAAACGAGCUCUCCUGCUAUCUGGAAAUUCCCAGUUCCUGUGCUUAAAACAUCCAGGUCAUCGCCACUUUCUCCAGCAUACAUAUCUCUGGUGGAAGAGGAGGAUCCUCAUAUGAAAGUAUCUCUUGGUAGCAGCGAUAUGGGCGUCUCUGCCCAUCUACAGUCUUCGAAGACAGGGACCACAAGAUUUUUCACCAGCAAUACUCACAGUUCUGUGGUAUUACAGGGUUUUGACCAGCUGCGAGUGGAAGGUUUGCUUUGUGAUGUGACGCUUGUUCCAGGAGAUGGUGAUGAAGUGUUUCCUGUUCACAGAGCAAUGAUGGCUUCUGCAAGUGAUUACUUCAAGGCUAUGUUCACAGGAGGAAUGAAGGAACAGGACUUAAUGUGCAUUAAGCUUCAUGGUGUGAACAAAAUAGGCCUAAAGAAGAUCAUUGAUUUCAUUUAUACCGCAAAACUUUCCCUUAACAUGGACAAUCUUCAGGACACUCUGGAAGCUGCUAGCUUUUUGCAGAUUUUACCUGUUUUGGACUUCUGUAAAGUGUUUCUUAUCUCUGGGGUUUCAUUGGAAAACUGUGUUGAGGUUGGGCGAAUUGCCAACACAUACAAUCUCACAGAAGUGGAUAAAUAUGUUAAUAAUUUCAUCCUGAAGAACUUCCCUGCAUUAUUAAGUACUGGUGAAUUUGUGAAACUCCCCUUUGAACGUCUUGCCUUUGUGCUUUCAAGUAAUAGCCUUAAGCACUGCACUGAACUUGAACUCUUCAAGGCGGCUUGUCGCUGGCUGCGGUAUGAGGAGCCUCGGAUGGAGUAUGCUGCAAAGCUAAUGAAGAACAUCAGAUUUCCCUUGAUGACGCCCCAGGAUCUUAUUAAUUAUGUUCAAACAGUGGACUUCAUGAGAACUGACAAUACCUGUGUAAACUUGCUUUUGGAAGCCAGCAAUUACCAAAUGAUGCCAUACAUGCAACCGGUUAUGCAGUCGGAGAGAACUGCCAUUCGAUCAGACAGUACUCACUUGGUAACGUUGGGGGGAGUGCUGAGGCAGCAACUGGUUGUGAGCAAAGAAUUACGGAUGUAUGAUGAAAAGGCCCAUGAAUGGAAAUCGCUAGCUCCCAUGGAUGCACCAAGGUACCAGCAUGGCAUUGCUGUGAUUGGAAACUUUCUUUAUGUAGUUGGUGGCCAGAGCAAUUACGACACAAAAGGAAAGACAGCAGUUGAUACGGUCUUCAGAUUUGAUCCUCGCUAUAACAAGUGGAUGCAAGUCGCAUCGUUAAAUGAGAAGCGUACCUUCUUCCACCUAAGUGCCCUCAAAGGACAUUUGUAUGCAGUUGGUGGUCGAAAUGCAGCGGGCGAGCUAGCCACUGUGGAAUGCUAUAAUCCCAGAAUGAACGAAUGGAGCUAUGUUGCAAAAAUGAAUGAACCGCACUAUGGUCAUGCUGGAACCGUGUAUGGAGGUUUAAUGUAUAUUUCAGGUGGAAUUACACAUGAUACUUUUCAAAAGGAACUUAUGUGUUUUGACCCUGACACAGACAAAUGGACUCAGAAAGCUCCGAUGACAACCGUCAGAGGUCUGCAUUGCAUGUGUACUGUAGGAGACAAGCUUUAUGUUAUUGGUGGAAAUCACUUUAGAGGAACAAGUGAUUAUGAUGAUGUUCUAAGCUGUGAAUAUUAUUCACCAACUCUAGACCAAUGGACUCCAAUUGCUGCCAUGUUACGUGGGCAAAGUGAUGUUGGGGUGGCUGUCUUUGAAAAUAAAAUCUAUGUUGUUGGAGGAUAUUCUUGGAAUAACCGGUGUAUGGUGGAAAUAGUUCAGAAAUAUGAUCCAGAAAAAGAUGAGUGGCAUAAAGUAUUUGACCUUCCAGAAUCACUUGGUGGCAUUCGAGCCUGCACUCUUACUGUUUUCCCACCAGAGGACAAUACAGGGUCACCAUCUAGAGAAUCUCCUCUUUCAGCACCUUAGAAACAUCCCUUGACUUACGAUGUUGUAGUAACACCUUUGCACUGCAUCAUGGAGUCUAUUAUUUUUCUUCAGUAGUUUCUGUUAGGCUUAGCCUACAGCAUUUGGUACAAUUACUGGAAAAAAAAGACUUUGACAUUAUUUGUGCUGUUUGUCUGGCCUAGAAUGUUUGUCAAGUGGUUAACAAAAAAAAUGUACUCACAUGAGCCAAAUGUUUAACAAAUGGGAAGAUAUUGUCUGUAAAAUGUGUGAAUUAGGUACGUUAUUAAUGUUGUGUAUUGGGUGUGAGGUACCUUACAACUUAAUUUGGAAGCCCAGUGAGUCACAUUUGAAGACUUUGUAUUGAACUCAUUCUUUCACUAAAUUUCAUAAUUAAAAUCCAUUUUCCUUUCAUUUUUAACUGCAGAUUACAAAGGGAGGUAGACUACAUCAAUGUUAGCUAUGACAGAAGGUUGCCAAGGGGCCUGAGCUACCUCCCUCUUUUCACAGAGUAUUUUUGACAUAUCUGUUUACCAACCUGACGUUGUGGGUUUGUUCAGAGCGUACAAAGUUUCUUAGGCAGAGGGGAGAAAUAAUUUAAAAAUAUUAGUACUAUACAGGAAUUGGACCUUGUAGAGGCUGAGGGUUUUUUAUAACAUGAGUGUUUUUCCUGAGUCAGUUGAGUGAUGCUUCAAACACAAGAUUUAAAAUAUUUGGGUAUUUUUAAUUCACGUCUUUUCAGGAAUUGGCUUCCGCCUACAUGGGGGCACACACUAUAUCAAAUGGGAAUUCAGUGCAGUUGUAUAUUCUGUUGUGCACCUGUACUGAAUAUAGUUAGAUAAGGGCUAGAAACAUUAACUUAAGCCACUGAAUUUGACCGAAAUUUUCCAUCAGUUUAAAUUUAAUCUUUUUCUCCUUUGCUGUUGAGAUAACUUGCAUAAUGUGUCCUCUGUAUAGUCUCAGUUAAUAAGGUUAUUUAGCACAAAGUGCAGCUUCAGCAGGAGAGCUGCUUUUGCUCAGUGAACUUGGACUACCACAUUUUACCUUCUUUUGUUCAAUAAAACUUUUAACUGCA